AUGGCGCCCUCGACAAAUGCAGAGAGUGCCUUGGAAUACAUCCUGCUUGUUCUCAAGCACACUGAUCUGCCGCGAAGUGAUUGGGCUGCUGUCGCUGUAGAGAGCAGUCUUUCAAAUGCCAACAAAGCCCAUAUCAACCGCGAUUCCUUCCAGGCGUACGACAUGGUGUACAGCACCGGAAAAGACGUAAACUACAUCUUGCGAGUGCUGUCCCACCCCGACUUCAGCAUUGUCGAUUGGUAUGCAGUCGCUGGCAUCGCGUGA